AAUUACUUGUUAAAUAUCGGCAGACAAUUAGUAGGUCAAACAAAUUAUCUACGUGUCAAAAUAGACUUAUCAGGAUAUAGCCUUACCUAACAGUGGAUCUACCGUUAAUAAUUACCAGUAUGAGAGAACAGAUGUUCGUACAGUUGCAUAGCACGUGUCACUCUUGAACGAGCACGGACCUUGGCCGCUGGUACACCAUACGACUCCAACCCUAUUAUUUCAUCCCUUUCUAACUGGCCUUGCCGCUGUAUUAUUAAUCCCUUUCGCACACUGGUACGAUGUACGGGGUGCUGGUGUUGAUGUAAGGUUGUUAGACGUUGUCACCGGCAACGGUAGUCCGAUACACGGCACGCGGCUGCAUAGCGACCUGACGUGUUCGAUAACUUCCAAUUGACAAUAUUUUAAAAUAGUUAUUAUAAUUAUUGAGAAGUGAUAUCUAGACGAACGAAAUGGACGACACCACUUCAUGAUUUAAAUUAUGUCUAUUUAUAGAAGUUAUGACAAACAAGCACGUUAUAGAACAUAAUGACCUUAUCAGAGAGUUUCGAUGGCUCCGUAGCGACAACUGUUAACACCGACAGUUCGGUGAAUUUAAACUCACUAUAUUGUUCCCAUCUUUGGACAAAUAGUAACUUACGGAGUGCUAUUAUUACAGCUCCGCCUAAAGAUAGAAAUGUGAUAACAUACUGCUACACAUGCAAAGGUAAAAUAAGAAAAUAUGAACUGAAGCCACCGAGAAACUUCACGCCACAUAAUCAUUCCACUCCUAACAAAGACGUAACAAUAGAAAGAGAUGAAGCGGUUGUAAAUGAACGCCAAGUACAACUUAUUGAUACAAAUGUAAGACAAGAUGUUUGUUCGUAUAACAAAAGCUUUACAAGAGACUUAGAGCCCACAAAUGUGGAAAACCAACUACGCAUUCCUUCCAUAUCACAACAUAUUGAUUCCAGCUUUAGGCAAAAAUACACUUCUUACGAAAUGGAUACUAAUAGUGGGGGUCGACAGAGACUGAGAAAAAGCCUGAGAGGUUUCGGGUGUAUAAUUAAUUUUGCUUCGGCUGAUAGUCCUGUGAAGAAGAGAACUCAAAUACAAGCCUGCUCAAUAAGUGUGAUGAUUGUAGCUAUCGUAAUAAUAAGUUUUAUUUUGGUCAAUUUUACUAAUCCUAAUUUAAAAGGUAUGACCAACAAAAUUAGUACAACCGUAGUGCCAACAAAAAACGUAGAUAUCAAUGAGACGGCGUCAGCUAUAACGAAAGUUUAUUUGGACCUAGCUUCAAUGACAGAGGUCAAUACAACAGACGAAUAUUUAACUACAACAGAGUACGAUAGUUCUUUCAAAGUUGAUAAUUCAACAUUAAUGAACGUAAUAUCCAAAAUACGUAAGAACAUAAGAACAUAUCCUAAGUUUUCAAGAAAGGGGGAUGAAUCUGAAAAGCCAAAGGAGGUCAACAACCGAGAUUUGUCUCAAAGAUUUUGCUCGUGCCAAAGAAACGAAAUCUGCAUGUUAGAUGAAAAUAGCGGCAAGUCCGUUUGUAGAAAACCUAUAGAUCAUGAUGACCCUACAGGUUGUGGAGGACUAUGUGCCUUAGAAACUGAAGCUUGUCAAUUAGUAGAUAAAGCACGAGGAGUGCGCGUGUGCCGCUUGCUGACGCUCGUGACGUGCUCGCCAGAUGAGUGGAGAUGUCGGAAUGGCCUCUGCGUGCCUGCUGAAGCGCGGUGCGAUGGUUCAAUUCAAUGUUAUGAUCGAUCUGAUGAAAUGUACUGUGAAUGCGAUCUGACAAAGCAGUUUCGGUGCGGCCACUCCAUAUCUUGCUUCUCUCACACGAAAUUAUGCGACGGAGUAAUCGAUUGCUGGGAUGGAUACGAUGAAGUUAACUGCACCACUGAAUGUCCUGCCGAUCAAUUCACGUGCACUGAUGGCCAGUGUAUUUUGAGUUCAAGAUUCUGUGACGGGCUGGCGGAUUGUGCGGAUGGUAGCGACGAACCUGACGGCUGCGGUGGCAGUUGUGGUGCACAUGAAUUGCGUUGCAGGAAUCAACGUUGCGUGCCACGAGCUGCGCAAUGCGACAAUCAUGACAAUUGUGGCGACCUCACUGAUGAACUGCAUUGUUCUAAAUAAUACCUACGGUAGUGAAAUAGUUUCCUCUCCUAUUUAAAUUAAACCAUCCGUCUCGUGUCUUUCAGCAAUAGAUGUCAGAGAAACAGUUUUGGAAUAAAUUGAUUUU